AUGGCAACAACCGCAUCCGUUUUGGAUCGCGUACCGAUGAGUUCGAGCUACGCUUCGCUACCGGGCUCGCCCUCGAUGUUGCCCAUGGCGUCGUCGACCUCGUCGUCGCCGUCGACGUCGCUCAAGCUGCCAUCGCAGCAACCGCCGGCGCCGCUACAGUCCCAGCCUCAUCACCACCACCAGCCUCAUCCGCAGGCUGGGCCUUCCCACCAGCACAACCCGACGCCGAUGACCGCUCACCUCGGCGCGACCUACGCCGACCCACUCGGUCACCCGACAGCAUCGUCAUUACCUUCGACUUCAAUGUCAAUGGAUCAUCAUCACGGCGACCCGAUCCACGGUGUAGGCGCCAUGUCGGCGUCGUCAUCCCUGCCUCGCCUCGACUCGGCGGGACAUACGCUCGACCAAUCGGUCACCGCCGCGUCCCUGACCGUCGACAAGGCAUCGAUCCCUCGCCCUUACCAAUGCCCCUUGUGCUCGAGGGCUUUCUAUCGACUCGAACAUCAGACGAGGCAUCUCCGAACGCAUACAGGUAUGUUCCCUCCCCACCACCCGGUUCUCUUGCCAAGCCAGCGAGCGGAGAUUCGGUCGACGGUCGCGCUCGUACUUGGGGAGGGCGAAGCUGCACGUUAUCGCCAUUUCGACACCACCACCCCGCGGUGCGCCUUCGUUGCGAGUCGCGACUCCGCGCUUUCCCGACUACGGCUCACUCUGCACGUCGCAUCCGAGGCCUAGGUCCAAAAGUUGGACCUGGUGGUAGACUGUUGGUCAGCUUUGCCUGGCCUCCUUUCUGAACUGAAGUUCGACUGCCCGGCCACGGCGGGGCGAACUGGUUUUCCAUUGUCGGUGCGGUGCCUCCUAGGCACUCGAGCGCACGCGCGCCGACCGACGACUGGGUCGAAACGUUAUUCACGCUCCAAUAAUAACGCUCGAGCGGCGCGGAGCGGAGCAGGAAGACGGAGGCGGAGGGUCCCCGAGGACCCUGCAUUCCCAUGUGGCAUUCGGCGAUGAACACUGCACACGAUUGAUGACAGGAGGACUGAUCCGAGUUACUACACAUGCUCCUUCUGUACAGGCGAGAAACCGUUCAAAUGCGACCACCCAGGGUGAGUUUCAAACUCUCGAUCCCGUUUCACCCCCAAGAUCGCGAUCGCAGAUUCGCCUGUGGCCCUUGUCGGUCGUCGUCAAACGACACGCAUGGCUCGGAGCUCCGGUCGUUUUUAGCGCCGAGCGAGCCGCUUAGCGUGGGGGACCGGGGGGCCACAGCGGAGCGAAAGCCUGAAACGUGGCCCAAGCUCACCGAGCUGAUUGCCCCCGAUCUUCUCAUUCUUAUCUCAUGUGAUCUUCCUUUUACAGGUGCGAGAAGCGAUUUUCUCGAUCCGAUGAGUUGACGCGGCAUGUGAGGAUUCAUUCCACCGACCGGGGCAAGAAGAAGGCGGCGGCUCAGGCAGCGGCGGCCGCAGCGAUCGCUGCCGCCGGCGGGGUGCCUUCCUCAUCUUCGAAUGGUGGAGCAUCAACAAGUACGAGUGGGGUAACGACUCCGAGCAAGAGAUCGACGAACUCGACGCCGACGACGAGUCGCCCGCAUUCGCCGACCGAGGACGAGGGAUCGCCCGAACCCCCUCAACGACUACCGCCGCCGCCAGCGCACCCGGCCUAUGGACCUCCGAUGAUGGGCUAUGUUAGUUCUGUGACCCAUUCUGUAAGAUGUGAGGAACAAAUCGCUGACGUUGUUCUUUUUCGCGUGUAUUUCUCGCUCGCAGCCUUACGGAUACGCCCCGCCACCGCCGGGAUACCCGGCCUACUAUGGCCAGAUGCCGAUGUACGCCUAUCCUUACGGCCCACCACCGCCGCAACACUAUCCUCCGCCGGCGCCGCAUUACCCACCGCUCGGCUAUGGGUUCUCUCUGCCGCCUCAGCAUCCUCAGCAACAGCCUCACCAUCCUCAACACCCCCAACACGCUCCGCAACAGUCACACCCUCAACAGCAGCAGCAACAGCAACAGCAAACACCGCAUGCUCCUCUUCCUCCGCCGACACCGACAGAACAACCGCGCCCGUUGAAUGCGUUGGCUUUGGCUGCGGCGAGCGGAUUGCACGAGAUGGAGCGCGAGCGGGAAAUUGCAACGCAGCGGGAAAAGGACAGCAAGAACAACUCGCCAUACGGGUCGUACGAUCCUGGGGCCUACUGGCCGCAGUACCCGGGGCAGGCACCACCGCACUAUCCCUUGCCGAUGCAGCAGCCUCAAGCAAUGCCACCGCCGCCACCACCGCAGCAGCACCAGCAACAUCAGCACCAUCAGCAACAACAUCAACAGCAGCAGCAGCAGCAACCGAGCGUGCACUCGAACCUCGUUCCGUCGAGUGAGGACCACAAACCCCAAGUUGGCGCAUCGAGCUCGUCGUCCUCUUCCCAUGCAGGUCCAAGACGGCACCGUCCAUCCCACGGCACGCAUUCGCAUCCUCAUCUACCGCACCCGAGCUUGCCUCACAACGACGACACCGCGGCACGGCAUUCGUACUCGCACGAUGCGUCGCACCCGGCGCACCACUCUUCGUUCUCGCGCUUGCAACACCGACAUACGUACUCGCCGUACGCGACGGCGGCCUCGACGGACCAUUCGCGAACCACGAGCCCAGCGCUGAGCCAUUCUGAUGGCGAUUCGGACGACGGGCGGCCGACGAUGGGCCUCGCUACGGUUCCCGGGUCGGGUCACCAGCACGCGAUGGGCCAACUGCAACAGGCGUUGGCAUACCACGCGCAGCCGUCGACGAGCCCCGUGCUCGGCCCGCUCAAGGGCCUGACGUUGAUGAGCGCCGCUGCAAGUCGAGCUGGUUCGAGACAUCAGUCUCGCGCGAGCAGUCCCGUCCACCUCGCCCCUCUGCACCUUCCACCUUCGCUAGAGCGGAUUGCCAACGGCGCGGGGAUGCUGCGGCCCGACGGGACGCCGUUCUUGCCCGAAGGUUCGGCGCCGAACAGCCCUGAGAACCGAGGGCAUGGCCAGAUCCCUUCGAACCACCAUUCGCCAGCGGCGAUGCCAAUGAUCAACCGGUCCGGCGGGUCGACAAGCUCCAACUCGAGUUACGGCAGUCCUGCGAUCCCGAGCCACCUGGCCGCGGCCGCGUCGAACCAACAGACGACGUUGCCGAGUCUGGGCUCCUUGGGUGCGAUGCUCAACCACCAAUCAAGCAACAGCAACAACCAGAACAGUCAGAACAAUAGCAACGUCGGGUCCGCAGGUUCAUCAACCUUUUUCCCCAAGUCGUCGUCGUCGUCGCAAGCCGCCUCGCCGCUCGGAGGUGGUUUCGAUCACUCGUCGCAGCCUGGGUCGCAUCCCUCGUCGACGUCCAACUCAAACUCGGCCAGCUCGGACUCGCUCGCUGCGAUGGGCAACGCGAGCGCCAGCCAUUCGAACUAUCCGCGAUCCGGGUUCACGCUUUCUCCCCUUCAUACUGCGAGCAAUUCGCAUCAGCAACAGCAGCAAGGGCCCGGAGGGAACGAUGCCAUGGAGAUUUGA